AUGGUCAAGACUCGCAAGUCAAACAAAGACAAGCGACCUGGUAUACCAGACUUACCUGGAAAUCGACGAGUCAAGCUCGACGGUAGCGGCCCUACAAGGAAGCGCACUGCAGCAAAGAAGACGUCUCGAAAAGCUGAAGAAGUGAAAAAGUAUCUUGCUAUAGGUGCGGCUGCUCAGCUCGAGAUGGAGAUGGAGAUGGAGGACGCACAACAAGAAAAACAAGCACAACGGCCGCCUGCACCCAACUUCAAGAAGGUAUCCAAAAAGUCGGGUGCUCAUCGUGCGGUUAGCUCACAAAGUCAACCCAAGACAAGUUGCCAGGCUGAGGCUAGCCCCGAUACUGGAAUGGACUCAGACUGCGCUGAUCAAAAUCAUACCAACGAUAACAAAUACUCACCGCCAGCAAAAGUCAGUAAGGCAGAGAAGUUGCGCAGAGAUAUCAAUACUGCGAAGUUUGAAUUAGGGCAAAAACACAGUCUAAGCAAGCAACACGCCUACAGUGAUAAUGAAGGACCUUCAAACAAAAAAUUCAAACCUGAUGUCAAUACCACAGCUUCACAGCCCGCUCGAAGUGGCCUCUGCGAUGGCUGGCGUGAUCUAGUCGCUCUACAUGUUCCAAACUCUUCGCGCCCUCCAAAUAGUGCACCUGCCAGUUCUCAAUGGGUGACCAAACCAACACCUCAGAAUGGCAUCCAGUUCGGUGGCUUCGAAGAUGAACAAGAACUUGAACACAGCGAAGCACCACAGCUAGACCCACACUUCAAGUCUUCAACACAUGUUAAUGAGAAUGCGCUUGAUGAUAUGUUGACUCCACUCAGCAUGGUAUCUGUCUCAAAGGAACCUUUAGAUGAUGCCAAUGGCACAGAUGACUCGUCCUCUGACGAAGAGGAUGCCGCUGACAAGAAUAGGAUGCCUCUGGCCGAGAUCGAUGACGUCAAGGUGGAACAUACCUUCAAGAAGCGCUCACCUGUACAGGAGGUUGAUAAGAAUAUCGGUGAGGCACCAGCAGUCAACACUGGCAAUGCAAAGUCCAAACAUGAGUUGAAGAACUCGCAGAAGAAGCGAAAUUUCAAAUUGUUGGAGGAGGAUGAGGUGUCUGCAGUCGAGGUGGAUGAGUCUCAGUCGACAUGUGACCCCCGCCAAUGGAUGCCCGUAUAUGAGGGAGAUUCGGAUGUACCGGCGAUCAAUUUUGCAAAGAGAAAGUCCAGCAGCACUCUCAAGGGCAACAAGCUAUCAAAGGACGAGGUGGGUGACACAAGACCGGGCAAGGACAGAUUCAAGAAGGACAAUGGACCUCAGAUGGAACCCGAUGAUGGUUUCGAUGAAGACGAUGCAGAACUCAUGUGUCUCCCUGACAAAGUCACCUUGUCCCACAAGAAUACCCGACUGCAACCUCCACCGAAAACCUUCAGUGCUGAAGAGCGGUACAGGAACAUCGAUGACAGCGGACAGGAAAGCGACGAUAGCCUUGACGACCGGAAACUCACAUCUCGUCCCAUGAAAGUGAAGCUGUCUUUGACCAAGAGUUUAAUUAGGCCCUACCUCCACCUUUACAAGAUAGAUCCACUCGCAACGAUAGAGGAGUUGUUGGUUCAAGCACCAGGAACAAGCCUACGUUGA